AUGAAAGCGGUUAAAUAUCUUUAUAAGUAUAUUUAUAAAGGUCAUGAUGCAGCUGCAGUAAAUAUUGCAAAAUCUGAUGAUGCUAAUCACGUUAUAGAUCAUGAUGAAAUUCAAGACUAUAUAGAUGGGCGUUACGUUGGACCGGUAGAAGCAUGGUGGCGAAUUUUUAAUAAAGAAUUACAAAAUAAAAGUCAUACAGUUAUGAGAUUACCUGUCCAUUGGCCAAAUCAGCAAACAAUCACUAUUAAUUCUCCAGAAACUGAAGAUAGUAUACAAAAUGCUCUAGAAAAGCAAACAAUGCUUAUUGAUUAUUUCGCUUUAAACAGUCGCGAUUUUGAAGCGAGAAAUUUAACAUAUGCAGAAAUUCCUUCUCUUUAUGUAUUUAAAAAACAAAAAAAAUUUAAUAUUUACUCUUGCCGUCGACGAAAAAGUCAUUUUAACGUUAUUUGCAGAAUGUACUCAGUAAGUCCAAACCAAAUAGAAUUGUUUCAUUUAAGAUUAUUAUUAGUUAAUGUUAAAGGAGCUCCAAGUUUUGAAGAUCUGAAAACAGUUAAUGGCAUUACUUACGAUACUUAUGUUGCAACGUGUUUAACUUUAGGACUUAUUGAGGACGAUGAUGAGUGGAAGAAGGUAAUGAAAGAGGCAGAAUCACGGAUGAUGCCAUACCAAUUACGAAGAUUAUUCGUUAGAAUUUUAAUCUACUGCCAACCUGUUUAUCCGGAACAAUUAUGGGAAGAAUUUAAAACAGCGAUGUCUCAAGAUUUUUCAAACCAAUUUGAAAUCAAUACGGCAUAUAAGAAAGCAUACGUUCAAAUAAACACAAUGUUAAUAGCAGAAGGAUCGAGCUUAAGUCAAUUCCCAUCAAUGAAACAAAUUACUGAAACUGACAACGAUGAUUUUAAUUUUACAUCAAUUCCAAUAACUCAACACAAAACUCUUGGUAAAGAAUAUUAUAGUAAAUUAAAUGAAGAUCAAAAAAUCAUCGUCGAUACCAUUAAGCAUUCAGUCUGCACUAUAAAUGGUGAUGACAUCCCUACUUGCUUUUACAUUGACGGCCCUGUUGGGUCUGGAAACACUUUCAUUUAUACAACAUUAUAUCAUAUACUAAAAGGUGAAAAUAAAAAUAUUUGUACAAUGGCAUACACAGGUAUAGUAGCAACUUUACUUCCGCACGGAUAG